CUGCUCGUCACGUGGGCUGCCUGCUCGUCACGUGGGCUGGCUGCUCGUCACGUGGGCUGCCUGCUCGUCACGUGGGCGCGGAUCGGUGGGUCACGUGGGGCUGAGAGCUGCAGACGGCGCUCGCGUCGCGUUGCAAGGUGAAAGACAUGGCGGCUGGCGUUGUGGUGGCGGUCGUGCUGGUUUCACUGGUGUUCAUUGGGUUGUGGAAGUUGCUGGGAGAUGCUAAGGAAGACAAAGACUUCCUCCCAGAGGGAGAUGGAUGGUGGGGUAAGGGCGAGCCAUCUCAGACUCCUGCUGACGAGACAAUCAGGCCCUUCAAGGUCCCAUACUCACCUGAGACCAUGCAGGAUGUUCGUCGUCGCCUGGCAUCGGUCCGUCUGGCUGAGCCUCUGGAGGGGAGUCGCUUCCACUAUGGCUUUAACUCCACGUACCUGCAGCGAGUGCUUAAGUACUGGGCUGAAGAGUUUGACUGGGAGCGCACGGUAGCAGUGCUGAACAAGUACCCCCAGUAUAUCACCAAUAUUGAAGGGAUUGACGUGCAUUUUGUACACGUACGUCCGUUGGGAGUCCCUGAAAGUACAAAACCCAAAGUGCUCCUCAUGGCACAUGGCUGGCCCGGCUCCUUCUAUGAAUUCUACAAGAUCAUGCCACUGCUGGUUGAGCCGCAGGGCCCUGGUGCCACCGAGGCAUUUGAGGUCAUCUGCCCUUCCAUCCCUGGCUACAGCUUCUCAGAGGCCCCUCAUAAACAAGGGUUUAACGCGUUGUGUGCAGCACGGUUGUUCUGUAAGCUGAUGGAGAGAUUGGGACAUGACAAGUACUAUGUCCAGGGUGGAGAUUGGGGCUCCUUAAUUGGCACCAACAUGGCAAUCAUGCGACCUUGGUGCGUGAAAGGUCUCCACCUGAACUUCGUGACAGUCACAGGAGGCUUGGGACGUUUGCUGCCAUCUGCUGUGCUGGGGCCUUGGAUGCCUGGGCUUUUUGGCCUCACCCCUACUGACAUCAAGAGAGUGUUUCCUUGCACGCAGUUGUUGAAAAACGUCCUCCUUGAAAGCGGAUACAUGCACAUCCAGGGCACUAAACCGGACACCGUUGGGGUUGCGCUCAGCGAUUCCCCUGCUGGUCUGGCUGCUUAUAUGCUGGAGAAGUUCAGCACCUGGACCAAAAGAGAAAACAUGGAUCAGGAGGACGGGGGCCUUGAAACUUUGUUUGAGCUGGAUGAGCUCCUUGUGAUGGUGAUGAUCUACUGGGCGAGUGGCUGCAUCACAUCAUCCAUGCGCUUCUACAAGGAGAACUUUAGCCGCAACAUCUUCAAAAGUAAAGACACACAGAUGCCCGUGUGGGUUCCCACGGGGGUGGCCGCCUUCCCCAACGAGCUCUUGCAUGCCCCGCGCGCAUGGCUGGCCUCCAAGUACCGCAGCAUCGUCUCCUACGAGUACAUGCCGCGCGGCGGCCACUUUGCCGCCUUCGAGCAGCCGCUGCUGCUGGCGGAGGACGUGCGGAGCUUUGUCAAGAAGGUGGAGGAGCUUGCCGUGCCGCUGUGAGUGGCAUGGGAAGGCAGAGCCGCACGAUGGCCCCCACCCUCUGGCAGUGCCACGAGACCCGCAUAGUGCCUUGGUGGAAAUGGUAUAAUUCAAUUGACUUUCGUCUGCACACACUAAUUAAUUAAGGCUGCCAAUCAAAAUAAUGUAUUUUGUUUAGUAUCAAUGUUUACCAUCUUUGUGAGUGCGCUUUAAAACACAAACGGAAAAUGAGAAUAUAUCAGAGCACCACACCUGUUAAAUGAUACUCUGGAGCAGCAAAUAUUGAAUUUUGAGAAAACAUGUCUAUUUAAGGUCACAUUGUCUCGCAUGAGAGCCACAGGCCAGACAUUAUUACAAUCCAUCCUUUAAUUAUACAUAACCUAUAUUAAGAAUCGUAUUAACCUAUCCUGCAUACUCUACACGUUAUUUCUAUAACAUCUAUAUAUUAGUGAAACUUAUCCAUGGGGAUACAGUGUAACUCGAUUCAAUUCGUGAAAGUAACUCGUGUGCAAGGACACCCACUGAUAAACGUGGAUUACAGGAGUGCUCAAUCGGCAGUUUCUUCCCUUUUAUCUGUGCUGUUUUGGUGAGAUGAUCAUUAGCAGGCAAAUGAGUGUGCCUUGGUCAGAAUCGUUCCUCUCCAUGGAAUAUAACCACUGGAAGGUAAUGAUGCGGUUCUCAUCAUUCGUGUCUCCAACUAUCCGUCGCAGCGCUGCACUGGUUACCACUGAUACAUAUUGCUUGCACGAUUUGGCAGCAGAAUUUUGCUCGUUAACAUUGUUGAAACCACACUAACAUGCAGGACUUACAUGUGGUCUAAUGUAACAUUAUUUUUUGGUGUUGUGCAUCCCUGACUGCUCUGGAUGUUUAGUUAUUUAGCCAUGAAGCUUAAUUGAAUAAAAUGGAAAAAGUUA